AUGGCGAAGCAAUCUGUACUACUCAUUGGUGCAACAGGCCAAACAGGCUCAUCCGUCCUCGAUGGCCUUCUUGAGAGCGGCAACUUCACGGUCAUCGCUGGGGUGCGCCCAUCAUCAGCCUCCAAGCCUGAAGUGCAGGCGCUCAAAGCUCGUGGGGUCGAAAUCCGCAUUCUGGAUAUAGCAAACUGGACUGUCGACCAGAUCAUCGAGCCAUUGAAGGGUAUCGAUAUAGUCAUCUCGACCAUUUCCUUCGAAGAUAUCCAGCACCAGAAGCGCCUUGCAGAUGCAUGCAAGAGGAUUGGUGUCAAGAGGCUGGUUCCAAAUGACUGGGGUACUUCCUGUGUCCGCGGUCUUAGGCAAUUGCACGACGAGAAACUUGCGAUUCACGACUACAUCAAAGAGAUUGGUCUCGGCUACACAUUCAUUGACGUUGGUUGGUGGUUAAUUACACUACCUUAUGCGGAUCCUUCGAAGAACCCUGGAUUCGCAGAAUUUCUCAAGCCAUUUUAUGGCACAGGCAAUGUCAAGUGUGCCGUAACAGAUCGUCGCGAUAUCGGCAAAUUCGUCGCACGUAUUCUCGCAGAUGAGCGCACUCAGAACCGAUACGUCUUCUGCUGGACCGAAGAAGUAACACAAACCGAGGCACUCGACCUCGCUGAACGUAUUGCAGGACGUAAAUUGGAGACUGUCAAUGUAAGCACAGAACAACUGGCCGAAAGGAUCCAGAAAGCCCAGGGAGGGCUUGAGAAACAUGGUUCGGAAUACGCGUACAGUAUUUGGAUCCGCGGGGACAACACAGUGGAGAAUGCGAAGAAAGAAGAAUACGGCAGUGGUCUUGAUGCAAGAGAACUCUAUCCAGAGCUGGGCAAAGAGCUUAGAUCGUUGGAAGCUUGGGCCAGAGAGUUCUAUUCAUCUUGA